AUGGCGCAAGGAACGAAUCCUGAAACUCAGGGAGAGAUUUCAGGCAUAGAAAACGCUCAUCAGUUUGACGACUUCGAAGAGCAGAAUGGGGAGCAGAGAAAGAUGCUCUCGUCGGAGAAUGGCACAGAGGAGCCGGGGAAGCGCACAGAGGGAGAACCGAGCGAAGUCCAGGUCGAGAUUCCGAUGACCAUUGACGUGAGCCGCAGUCGAAGUCCAGCGGUCAGAGCACCCAGCACUGAGCCAGCCAGUCCCGCGCCAUCGGAUGGUCUGAGGCGUGCCAGCUCCAAAAUAGCCAACCUGCGCGCAGCAUUUGAACGACAGAACAGCGCAUCUAGUUUGCCGGUCUCCCCAGGCCCGAGAUCACCAGCUUCAAAAGGGCCAGAUGCGUCGAAGAGGCGGUUCGAUAGGAGUCCUGCCAGAGGACAGGAUGUUGAAUCGAGCAAGAUGAGGGAGCAACAGGAGGCAGAAAUCGCGAGACUGCGGCAUCGCCUGGACGAGGAAGCAGAACUGAGGCAAGCGUUUGAAGACAAGUGCACGGCACUGGAGGAGGAGACGGAAGAACUUCGCGUGCGACUCUCAGAGAAGGAUGCUCAGUGGCGGAAGGAGGUGGAACGAAGAAGCAAGGAGCUCGUCAGGGAGAAGGAGAGGGCUUCGGGAGAGCUCACGAGCAUUCAGCGUCAACUGUACGAAUUGAAAAAGAGCAUUGCGGCGGCGACCAGGCAGCAGUCACAGACCGCGGACUCCACAUUUGCCCAAGAAAUGCAGCAUCUCUAUCACGAGAUCCAGAACUGGGUGGUGAACAACUUUCGUCGAGUCAAGCUCGACAAAUCGCCGGAAGAAAUGUGCGCUCGAUUAGAAGCUGUUGCUGAGCCCAAGCACUUGGAGCAUCUGAAGCCAAUUUUUGAGAACUUCGACCCAGCCACGAAACUCUCUGCGUUGCAAGCUGUAACAGCCUAUUACCUCAUGGAAAUCUUUGAGGAGCCCUUACUGUUCGGUAUGCCGCUUGACGAAGCGUGGCGACGCAACGUCAAAGGAGCUGCGGAAACAUUGCCGUCAAUCCUGAGUCCUGCAGCAUUAAACAAGUGGCGAGCGGUCACGCUGGAUGCCAUCAAGCAGAGCACGAAGAUCAAGGCGUCGGUAGAUUCUGCAUCACAGAGCAUGAGCGAGAUGAUAUGCAUCACUUUGAAUGCCUUGACGGAGGUGGAGGAAGGAAAAGCAAAGGUCGCGUCAUUGAAUGCUAUCAUUAGACGGACCAUCUCUCUGGCUCACUUGUUCCGCGUCCAGCGCGCUCAGUAUGACUUCAUCCUUCCACCCCCUGGUACUGCAUAUUCCGCCGAUGCUAUGGAGGACAGCUCGCUUGAAGGAGAAGAUCCCGUAGCGACCACAAUCCGAUGUGCGACCUUCCCUGCCGUAUGGAAACGUGGCGAUGAAAAUGGCGACAACCCAGAGCUUUCGAAUGUCGUCCUGAAAGCCAACGUGCUUUGCAACCCAUGAAGAUGCCGUCUCUGUACUCAUAAUGUGUGCUCACGAUUCCUUGACGAUGGUCGCCGGCUAGACUCUCGUGACACUGUGGCAGAGCCUCCAGCAGAUUUGGAGCCGCCACGAUGCACGACUGCAAGAGAACGCUUUGUAGACUGUGGACCAGCUGUUCGCGCCUCCGUGAGGUCUGAUGUAGGCAAACCAGAGAACUGUCGCGG